GUCUCCAAAUGAUUUAGAAAUAUUCAAAUAUCCCAUGUGCUUGAUCAGCACUGUUAGUGAAAAUAACAAAGAAGGAGAAGAAACUAAAAUACUUUUAAAGAGCGAAGAAAAAGUAUUUGAUCAAAUAGCAAAGAUAGAUUGGCCAAUGGUUGUUGUAGCCGUUGCAGGUUUGUACAGAACAGGAAAAUCGUAUCUUAUGAAUUGUCUAGCGGAGUCAAACAAAGGUUUCGCGCUGGGAGAUACGAUUGAAUCAAAAACCAAGGGCAUUUGGGCAUGGUGUAAAAUACAUCCAACACAGUCGAACACUGUUUUGUUGCUACUUGAUACGGAAGGACUUGGCGAUAUUGAAAAGCGUAUUGGGGAAGACGGCGACCUUAACUUGUUACACUGCCACGGCUUUGUAGCAGAAAUGGCCAGUAAUAUACGAUUUCGAGGGGAAUCCUCUGAGGAUAACCAGCAGAUCAAUCUAAUACUUCCUGACUUCGUUCUAUGUUUGAGAGAUUUCAGUCUUAAAUUGAUAAAAGAUGGGAAAAAGAUAACAGAAAACGAUUACCUUGAGCAAAGCUUAGCAGAGAACAAAAGCAAAACAGAUCAGUUCAACAAACCAAGAGCAUGCAUCAGAAAAUACUUUACGAAACGCGAGUGCUUUGCUUUUCCAGUUCCAGGUGAUGGUGAUGUUCUUGAGAAUCUUGAAACUUUGAGUUUUACCCAUUUAUCUACUAGUUUCCAGGUAGUAACCAUUCUGUUUACAUCUUAUAUAUACCAAAAAAUACGACCGAAGGCAUUGCUUGGCAGUAAACCAAUAAAUGGACAAAAUGUGGAUGACGCAUUUACAGCUGUAGCGAAAAUAGAAAAUGCUAAAAUUGAAAAACAGGCUCUAGAAAUCUUUGAAAUUGAAAUGGAAAACGUAAUGCUGCCAGUCUCUGAAAGUGAUUUGGGGGAACGUUACACAAGCGCACAAAAGAUAGCUCUUGACCAUCUUCGACAGAAUGUUAUUCAUGACUUUCAAGCAAAAUGUCAAAUUCAAGCGCAGGUGAGAGACUUACACUGUGACAAGAAAAGAAAAAAAAAGUUGGAAAAAGAAGCAGCACAAAAAGAAGCUGAACGCUACAAACUUGCAGAAGAAGCUGCAGAAAAGGAAGCUGCACGCUAUAGAAAGGAACAAGACGACGCUUGCAAGGAGGCUGCGCGCUUAAGAAAAGAAGAAGAAGAGAGAAAGCAAAAGUGGUUUGGUGCAAGAAUGUGGAAUGCGUUCAUGAAUUACUAA